UAAACUGCCAAUAGGAGUAAAUAAAACAAUAUUGUUGGAUUGAUUUUUUCCAUAUGUAUAUUUCAUAGGAGACACAAUUGGAGAAGACAUAUUGCAAGCAAUGUCUUGAACUAAAACCAAACGUUAGAGCACUAAAACUCAGGUUAAACAGGUUGGAAACUACAAAUUCCCUAAUUACUGAGGCACUGGCAAAAGCAACUAAAUCUUGUGCUACAAGGACUAUAGACUGUCAGACUGAAGAUGUGUAUAUAGCUGAGGAUGAAGAAAGUGAUCAGGAAAUGUUAUCUGAUGAUCAAGAGGACAUGUCUGAUGAGUAUGAUGAAGAAAUGAAGGAGGAAAUAGAGGAUGAGGUGAAGAAAGUCAUGGAAUGUACUGAUGAUGCCCCCAUAGAGGAUGAACCAGCAGAUGGAAUUGAGAUAGAUGAUGAUUCAGACUCUGACAAAGAAAACGUAAAUGAUAGAUUGCGUACUGAUGGAAAAGACUGCCGCCAACAACCCAAGGCUAUUGUUUUCCUAUCACAUCUAUUGAUGCUUUUCCAAAUCUGCCAUCUUUGCAAGUCCCCAAACCCAUCUGUCUCUACGAUUCAGUCAGGCACAAUGGUAACUGUAGAGACCAAGUGUAAAAGCUGCGAAAAGACUAAUGUAUGGUCAAGUCAACCUUUAUUGAUUGGAAAGUUCCCUGCUGGCAACAUACUGCUGAGUUUUGCAAUACUCACAGCAGGUGCUUCAGUGAAGAAAGUUCUACAAGUGCUGAGACAUAUAAAUAUUUUGAUUUAUAAUGAGUCCACAUACUACUAUCAUCAGAAGCACCUGCUACUUCCAUCAAUAGUCACCUUCUGGAGGAGUUACCAAAGAAAUAUUUUUAAUCAAUUAGAUGGUGUUCCAGUUGAGUUAGCCGGGGACGGGCGGCAUGACAGUAUGGGUCAUUCUGCAAAGUAUGGAACAUACACCAUCUUCUGCUGCACAAUUGGUCUGAUAAUAAAUAUAGUUCUAGUUCAGGUUAGUUCUAUGUCACCGAAGUCAUUGUUCAUUACACAAAGACAUGUGAUAGACCACUUUAUUCUUUGUGUAAUGAAU